GUGCCCAUUCUCGACCCCCUUAUUCGUAUACAAACCUCCGCAGCCCUUCAGGGGUAACGAGAAACGGACCCCAAAGCGAGGAACGGAGGAGACCGGGUGGAAAACCCUAGGGUUUGGGGUGUGGGAUGAGAUGAACCAUGGUGAGAUCGGGCGAUCCGGAGGCGACGUCGGAGAUCUGGGGAACGCUGGAGGAGCUCCUCCUCGGGUGCGCCGUGAGCCGGCACGGGACACGGAGCUGGGACUCGGUGGCCAUGGAGGUCCGGAGCCGGAGCCCCUCCGCUUAUCACCUCCUCCUCACGCCGGAGUGUUGUAGGGAACGGUACCGAGAUCUCGAGCGCCGCUUCUCCGCCGCCGACGGGGAGAUCGGCGGCGGGGGUGGCGGGCCGGGGGUGGAGAUCCCCUGGCUCGAGGAGCUGCGGAAGCUCCGCGUCGCCGAGCUCCGUCGCGAGGUCCAGCGCUACGACGUUUCGAUUUUGUCCUUACAAUUAAAGGUAAAAACGCUACAGGAAGAGCGCGAGCGGAGUUUCUUGGGAGAAGAAGACGAAGACGACAAGAACGGGCCGGAUCGCGACGAGGAGGAAAGAAAGAACGGCGAAUCACCAGGAUCUACGCGCAGGAACAUCCCGGGAGACCGGAUCUCCGAUGGAGAUUCCCGCCGCUCCGGCCGCUCGUGCAAAGAGUCCAACUCCACCGAUCCGAAAGAUGAGGAAGAGAAACCCCGAGCAGGGGAGACGGAAGCGGCGCCCGGGACCGAAGACAGGAGAACCGAUCGGGCCACCAGCGGGGACGUGAAGUCCGCCGGAGAGGCGUCCUACAACGGGAGCUCCGACACGAUAGCGAAGGCCGCGGCCAUGGCCAACACGGCGCGACCGCCGGCUCUGGCCGAUUCCGGCGCAUCCCUGGCCGAGUCGAAGGGCGGCGAGGCGGAGGCGGAAAGGGAAGGGGCGAAGGAGUCCAGCGACGUGCAGAGCUCCGCGAGCCUGUCGAGUCGGCAGCGGCGGCGCAGUGGCCGGAGGAAGGUGUUCUCCGGCUGUAGCAGCGGCGGAGACGAGCCGGAGACCGACGCCGUAUCCCCUGGCGCCAAGCGGGUUCCCGCUGUAUCCCAGCCGUUGAUCACCUUCGUCGAGUUCAUCCGGGCGCAUAAGUUCGGAUCCGUUUUCGAGCGCCGGCUGCAGAGCCAGAGCGUCAGAUACCGGAGCAUGAUACGGCGACACGUGGAUCUGGAGAUGGUGCGGGGGAAGCUCGAAGGGAGAGGGAGGAGGGAGGCGUACAGGAGCGCGGAGUUCUUCCGGGAUCUGCUUCUCCUCUGUUACAACGCCAUCGUUUUCUACCCGAAGAGCUCUCCCGAGUCAAUCGCAGCCGUCCAUCUUCGCGGGCUCGUCACGAAGGAGAUGGCCGGAACCAUCCGGAAGCCGGCCCGACGACCGAACGCGGAGGAACCCAUCCCACCAGCGCAACCUUUUUCGCCACCGGCUGUUUCUAAGCUUAAAUCGGAUCCGGAUCGUGCGAGCAAGGCGCUGGAGAAGCAGACCUCCUUGGUCCCCUUAACUGCUUGCCGGAAACGGAGCUCCCUCUCUGGCAAGGCUGCGGCGGCGGGGGGGUGGAAGGAGGGAAGGAGGAGAAGGAGAAGCAACGAAUUGAUCGGAAGGAGUGGGAGGUGGAGGACGAAACCCCGGCCAAGAAGAGGACGAAUGAGAGAUCUUCGGUGUCCAGGCUAAGAGGUUUGAGGAGCAACAAAACCCCUGGGAACGCCGGAAGCAAGGGCAACGGAGUAUCAAAGAGUCCCAAUUCUAUCUCAUCUCCGACCAUGAAAUCCACCGCUGUCGAGAACUCGAUGGAAGCGACGGCGAAAUCAGAGAAGAAGAACGGAGGUGACGAAACUGUGUCUGCCUCGAAGAAAAAGGGAGCGGCGGAGUUCCUGAUUCGGAUGAAGCGGAGCUCGCCGACGUCAAGCGGGACCCUACGGAGUACGCUGAGGAGCAGCGCUUCCUCCGGCGGCGGCGGCGGGAAGGGGGCCGAGCAGCAGAAGAAGAGAGGGCGUGGGGAUGGCAGGAAGGACCGUCAUUCCCGUCAGUCUCCUGGUGCUGCGGCGUCGAAGCGUGCGGUGGAGAAUAGCGCCCCGGUGAAGAGGGAGCGUGGGGAGGCCGCCCAAGAGGGCGGCGGGCCCCCCCUCCUCCACCUCCGGCGAAGAAGACGAAGGAUGAGUUGGGAAGGACACCGCCGCCGUCGCGGAACCGAGCGAGGAGGUGACUGAGUGGCAGAUGUAAAUUUAUAUGCUGCAGUGAAGGCUUACGUGUGAUAGUAACCAUUUUAUGAUUUAUUUUUAUUCUUAUUAUUUUCCUUUCUAAUAUUUUAGUGGGGGUUGAGGCA